AUGGCUGGAGCUCUAAAGGGUCCCAGGGGCCCUGAGCCAGGAGGGGUGGAGGAAGUCGGAGGAAAGAUGUCAUCAUGGCUGGCCCUCCACUCCGCCCAAGCCUCCCCUGGCACCUGUACUGGCACCAAGAGUCUGCUUGUGGCCCUGCUGGGCGGGGGCCUGCCCGCUGGUUUCGUGGGCCCCUUCUCCCAGGCGUCUUACCAGAUUUUCCACUUAUCCUUGCUGGAACGGCUCAUCUGUUGAUGCCUCUUCCACCUCCCCUUUGCCUUGCCCCUGCCUGUACGCCUCACUCUCUUUAGCCUUGGAUGUGCCUACAGUGCAGUUCAGGUGAUGCCUGCUGGCAACACUGUCCUCGUUCACAAAAGUUCUUCCAUCAUCUGCUCUGUUCUUUUCGCCCUCUGUCUUGAGAGCCAGGGUCUCGGUCACUAGGACUGGUAUGGCCUAUUGGGCAGCACCGUGGGACUAAUCAUCAUUGUGGGACCUGGACUAGGGAUACUACAGAAGGGGGUGAAGGGCCUCUACAUGGCUCUGAGCUAUGUGCUCGCUCUUCUGGCGGCCUGGCACGAUCGCUGGGGCUUCCCCUCCUGCCUACCGGCAGUGGCCUUCCUGUUUGGCUUGAUGGAUCUUGUGGGCUGUGUACCAGGCCUCUCCGGUCCCCUGCUGCCCAUUGACCCUCUGAGUCGGAGCUGUGUGAGGGCAGUGGUGACCCUUGCUCUGGUCUCCUUUGUGUGUGUGAGCUCUUCGGUCACCAAGGCCCACCCCCUGGUGUGCACUAUCCUGCACUCUGAGGUGGUGGUGCCCCCCACCCCCCAAUGCGGCAGUCGCUCAACCCAGGAGUCAGGAAGGGAGGAGCAACGACUGGAGCGCGCGCCCCCGUGCGGGCCGGCGCAGACUGCCCCGUAG